CGGAUAAUCUACCUGAUGUUAAAUCCUCCGGUCUUCGUCGCAUCAAUCUGUCCUCACUGUCUCUUGUCUGGCACAGGCGUUAAUUAGUCCUGCGAAACCGGAAGAGACCUCAUCGACUGCGAAUAAAACUGAAGGACGGCUGUUUCGAGACUCAGUAAACUCUAAAAUGUAUAUGCAUUUAUCUACGGAUCCUGUAUAAAUUAUUAGAAAUCCUUCUGGAUUAACGUCGGUAUGAAUCUCCGCCUGUUAUCGCGCAGGUGCUGCGGCGUAACUCCGAUCUGGAGAGUAGCAGCUAUCCUUGGCCGCUGCAUGUAUUUACUAAGGCGCUGCCGAGGCUAACAUUGUACUGCCGGGGGAAAUCCUAUCUGAGGAUCACGUUUUCGUAAUUUGCAGAGUAUGAUACAUCAUUGAAUGAUUUCUCAUCCCCGUUCCCAGAAGUACAGAUCCCGUUGCAAGUGCCGUCCGGUUUCACCGGUCACAUCAUGACGUCCUCCGCGACUGAUUCACGUAGCUCAGAGGCUUUGAAAGGGAAGCUUGCUCUAAUCACAGGUUGCACCGGAGGCAUUGGACAUGCCACAGCAUUGAGACUUGCCGGAGUCGGUUGCAGUAUCGCAGUGCAUUAUAAUUCCGCCCAAAGUAUUGCAGUUGAGCUUGCAGCCAAACUGAGAGGUCUCGGAGUUCGUGCAGCGUCCUUCCAAGCUGACCUUUCCUCGUAUGAUGGGGUCCGUGCACUUCACGCUGCAGUUGUCUCCUCCUUGGGAAACCCGGAUAUUCUCUUCAACAAUGCAGGAGUGACUACGAAAGUCAUCGGUGCGGAUGGUAAUAUAGAAGAUAUCUCACCAGAAGCAUUUGAAAUGACUUGGCGGACGAACACCGGGACGCAUUAUUUACUCACGCAGCUAUGCAUUCCACAUAUGGUCUCACAGAAGUUCGGACGGAUCAUCUUUUGUUCUAGUGUUGCUGCAGGAACCGGCGGGGUGAUCGGUCCGCAUUAUGCUUCUUCAAAGUCUGCCAUGCAUGGUCUCGUACACUGGAUUGCUUCGAGAUACGCAAAGGAUGGACUGACAUGCAAUGCAGUUGCGCCAGCUCUGAUAACUGAAACGACCAUGUUUGCAAACCCCAAAGAAGAGCUUAGAGCACGGAUUCCAGUUGGACGGUUUGGAGUGCCCGAUGAAAUUGCAUCGGUAAUCGAGCUCCUUAUUACAAACGCGUACCUCACGAAUAAGAUAAUUGUUGCUGAUGGCGGAUGGACUCCAUCUGCGUUUUAAUGUGCUAUAUUGAAAUAGAUAAAUGAGAAAAAGGAAGUCGAUGAAUAGGAGACAUCUAGGAUGUACUGGAUAUUUGCUUAUGUAAUAUAUAGUCAAAUUGAACUUUG